AUGCGAGAAGUGGCGACGCUCUUUAACAUAUCAUUUGAUGCCACUGGUUCAUAUCUUUGCACUGAAAUUGGUCGUGUCGAUAUUAAUGGAUCUAAUUCAUCAUCAUUAGCUUCAAUAACGAUGACUAGUAUUUCGGUUCCCCAAAAUCCUAUAUAUAGGGGCUUGGCUUUAAGCUCUGAUGGAGCUUGGAUAACAUAUAAUUCAGAGAACCUAGUUUGGCUACCCUCAGAGUAUCGGCCGUUGCGUUCGAUUGUAUCAGGCGAUAGAAUCGGCAUUGGUACUGGGUCUGGAAAGCACGAACUUAUGGAUUACUAUUUUACCACAGCAAAGCUUUCACCACCCUCUGGAUAA